AACAAUAUUGCCUUAUAAAUAAGUACCCUGCUCUGGUAAGAUCAUCAUUCCUGUUCAGAACAACUAAAGACCAGCGUCAGCAAUGAAAUACUUUUACUUGACAUACGUCUUGAUCUCUUACUUCUACUAUAUAAAUGCCGAAGAGUCUCCAAGUCUAGCAGCUCUUGCACCAAAAUGUGAAUGCGGGGACAUCCUUGACAAGAUUCUGUGCCAAUUGACAGAAAACUCUAAAGAAAUUCUCACACUCAAUGUAAAACUAGUGUCAAUUAGAAAAGAAUCAACAGAACUUCAAAACAACGUAGCUGAGAACACGUGUCUGGUUAACUCGAUCGAAACAGACGUCACAGUCAUUGAACAACAACAGAACCAAACUGUGACCGUUAUCAAUAACCAUACAGCUAUCAUCGUCGACAUUGAGACAAAACUAGAAGUCAUCAUCCAGGAACAAAAUGUACUCGAGACCAAUAUCGAGGCAAACAGUUGCACACUUGCCGAUAUUAAGAAGACCUUAUUAGGAUUGCAACUUUGCCAGUGCUCAUGUCUUAGUUGUUCAUAAUGAUGCGAUUUGUAAUUAAAUUUUAUAAUUACGAACAUUUUUUUAUUAAAACGAACAGAAACUGGUCAAAAUGUUCCAUCUAAAAAUGUACUAGAUCUCUAUAACCACAAUAAAAACAUUCUACAUGCAA